CUGUUUGUUUCAUUGCUCUUCAGAGAAGUACAAUUUCCUGGGGAUCAGCAUUGUGGGGCAGAGUAACGAACGGGGCGAUGGCGGGAUCUACAUCGGCUCCAUCAUGAAGGGGGGGGCCGUGGCCGCAGACGGGCGGAUCGAACCCGGGGACAUGCUGCUGCAGGUGAACGACAUCAAUUUUGAGAACAUGAGCAAUGACGACGCGGUUCGAGUCUUGAGGGAAAUCGUACACAAACCCGGACCGAUCAUCCUGACAGUGGCCAAGUGCUGGGACCCAUCCCCCCAGGGCUACUUCACCCUGCCCAGGAACGAGCCGAUCCGCCCCAUCGACCCGGCUGCCUGGGUGUCUCAUUCAGUGGCCCUGACCGGAGCUUACCCCCCCUACCCUGGGAGCUCCUCUCUCAGCACCAUCACCUCCAGCAGCUCCGUGACCGAGACUGAACGCCUCUCUGAAUACAGACUAGGGUGUUCAGCUGUGACCAAAUGUUUUGACGACUUCAACCUCUCUCUCCACUCGGACAUGGCCUCCGUUGCCAAGGCGAUGGCCUCCCCGGAGUCUGGGUUGGAGGUUCGAGACAGGAUGUGGCUGAAGAUCACCAUUCCGAACGCUUUCCUGGGUUCUGACGUGGUAGAGUGGCUGUAUCACCACGUGGAUGGUUUCCAGGAUCGUCGGGAGUCGCGAAAGUACGCCAGCAACCUCCUGAAGGCUGGCUUCAUCCGUCACACCGUCAACAAGAUCACCUUCUCCGAGCAAUGCUACUACAUCUUUGGAGAUUCCAGCGACUGCGAGAACUAUAUCGCCAACCUGUCUCUGAAUGAUAACGAUGGCUCCAGCGGUGCGUCUGACCAGGACACGCUGGCUCCCCUCCCGCUCCCCGGAGCCACCCCCUGGCCCAUGAUGCACACCUUCCCCUACCAGUACCCGCACCCCUACUCCAGCCAGCCCCCUCCCUACCACGAGCUCGCCAGUUACAGCUACGGACCGGGCAGCACUGGGAGCCAGCACAGCGAAGGAAGUCGCAGCAGUGGCUCGACCCGCAGCGAGGGGGAGCGGAGACGCGGGGGGAAGGGUGGCGGGCGGGACGAGAAGUCGGGAGGCGGGGCCGGGGCGGACUCUCGCUCCGGCAGCGGGAGCGAAUCUGAAUACUCGACCCGGAGCAGCCUGCGGAGAGACCACGCCUCUGUGGCGGGGAGCGAACACUCCCACCACUCCCACCACACUCAGCGUUCCCAGCACUCCCAGCACUCCCAGCGCUCCCACCUCUCCUACGGGCCUCCAGGGAUCCCCCUGUCCUACAACCCCAUGAUGGUCAUGAUGCUGCCACAGCCUCACCCCCCUCCGCACCCCCACCCCGGCAUGCUGCCCCCAGCUUCAGGAGGUCCUCCAGGGGCCCCUCCUGUCCGGGACCUGGCCUCUGUCCCUCCAGAGCUCACAGCCAGCCGGCAGUCCUUCCACCUCGCCAUGGGAAACCCCAGCGAGUUCUUCGUGGAUGUCAUGUGAGCACAGCUGUCGCCAUGGCUACCGAGUUGAACUUUUUCUUGUUAAGAGUACGAAAAAAUAUACCUUUUUAAUUGGCGUUAGUUAUUUUGACGUAGUCUCAUCUGUCAUUAUUGAACGUUGAAAAUUCAAUGACAAACCGCUAGAAGGGGUCGAGACUCCAGUUUUGUUGUUGAAUUGAUGAAGUUUUGAGUGUUUCUAGUUGCAGACUGUAAUGCACAAGGGUUUCAGGCCAAUGCUAAAAUGUUUUGUAAUUCUAGGUACUGCCAAACUAAAUUUUGCCCGCGAUGCCAGAUAGAUUUAAAUGUUUUUGUGUCAAAUAGAACGUAAAAAAAAAUAAAAAAUAUUGAAAUAAAAUUAAAUUCCAGUUGCACUGAAUUUCUUAGUUUGCUUUUCUCUAACUUGUAAAAUAAUGAAUCAGAAAUUUUGCAUUUAAAUGAAGUUCUAAACUAUAGCUGUUAAGUUAUAAAACAGCCAUCCACUUUUUGAUCGGUGUGUCAAGAUGCUUUGACAUUUCAGUAGCUGAAGCUGUCUGUCACGGACAUAAAUAACACGGGCUAGAUAAGUCGGUCUUUAUAGAAGGACCGGCGCCCUCUAGUGGUGUGCCGCUUUUGAUCAACUUUCUUUCGUUUUGCUGGCUAAAACUCGACCUGUUUUAAUUGUUUAAUUAUUUUCAGCUCUUAAACAGUUGCUGUUUAAGAGCUGAGAACAAUUAAAAAAAAAAAAAGUAAUUAAGCACAUGAUCAGUUCAAUUAGGGGUCUAGUUUGGUAAUUCAGAGCUCGGUUGGAAUGAAAACCAGCGGACACGGGCUCCCCCAGGACCAGGGUUGGGGAAACACUAGUGCACAGCUAAUUUUUAGCCAGCAAAACAAAAGAAAGUUAAUCCAAAGUGGCAGACCACUAGAGGGCGCCGGCCCUUCUAUAAAGACUGACUCAUCUAGCCUGUGUUAUUUAUGUCCGUGACAGACAGAGCUGAAGAGCAGCUCCUGAUCUCAAAGCACCUUUUACACACAAAAAAUGUAACGAGAACCACACAGGUUACUGAAGCAUACAGUGUAACAAAAAAAACAUUCCCGUCCUGCAGCAAACGCUGUCAUUUGAGAAAGCGUUGGUUCCUGUUAAUUUCAGUUGUGUAAAAUUUCUACAUUGUCAAAGGAGCCUCAGUUUUAAUUAUAACCACCAGUGUGAUAAAUUAUUGUCACUUAAAAACGUCACCAAAAAGAACAAAACGAUGUUUUGAAAUAUGUUAGCUGUGUGGUUCCAAUGCAAAAGACAGUAGCCGAAUCGUAUCGUACCACCAUGAAAUGAGGGCUGCAGCUGCAUAUUGAGGCAUAUUCACAGUAAAAUAAACUUUUGUGAAAUUUCCAUGUAAAAUAUCUCUGUGGAAUUGUAACACACAUGUUGCAUUGAGGUCGUCUAAGUGUGUGUGUGUUUUUUUUCUUGGUAGGGCCAACAUCUACGAGGUACGCUGCUGCCUGACGUGGGGGGGGGGGGGGGGGAUUUAAUGUAGAAUUAAUAAUUUUGAAGCCAAGACUGGCACUUAUCCCUACGAUCUGUCGGUUUUAACCAAACGUUAAGGGUGCUAAUGAAGAUUUUCUGACAUUGUUGUGUGUUGUGUUUUUUUUUUUUUUUUUUUAAAUAAAUUUGUACUGGGCCCAAA